AUGAUAAAGUAUUUUGGUGAAUCCAAAUGGCUUCAAUCUAUCUCUGAUAGCUCUACCAAUUCCUCCCAUACCCAAGAUACCGACAACUUUACCUUCCGGACUAUGGCCCAAUUUAGCACCUCCACAUUUUUUGCUAUCCCAACCACCAUCAUACAAGAUUUGGUGUCCUUCUUGGUAGUUUCUCAAACACGACAACACCAAAAACACAGCAGUAACAGCAGUUGGACCUUCCACUGGAACAGUGACAUUGGAAACUUGAAUGCCCUUGUCGGUAAAAGGUUGAACAUCUAUUUGAUCAUAACCUGCACCAUUAUGACUGAGGGAAACCAAGGUUUUGGGCAUGUGUUGAGCCAAUUCAGCAUCAAAUCUACCAGUUUGUUCAACAGAUGCAUAUGUUCUAGCAAUAUUGGUGAUAUCACUGUACUUGGUUUGCAAGUCCUUGAUAAACUCUUCACGGUUCUGCGAUUCACAAUCAAUGACAUCAGCAAUCUGAGCAACUUCGUCCCAUUUUUUUUGAGCAAAUUCUAUUUUGCCUAA